GAGCAGCGGAAGGGUAUCAAAAAGCCUUUCACGGAAGUCAUCAAGGCCAACAUUGGUGAUGCUCAUGCCAUGGGACAGCAGCCCAUCACCUUCCUUCGACAGGUGGUAGCGCUUUGCACUUACCCCAACCUAUUGGACAGCCCCAGUUUUCCAGAAGAUUCCAAGAAGAGGGCAAGACGGAUCUUGCAGGGUUGUGGAGGGAACAGCUUAGGUUCAUACAGUGCCAGCCAAGGGAUCAAUUGCAUCCGUGAAGAUGUAGCGGCUUACAUUGAGCGGAGAGAUGGCGGCGUUCCCGCAGAUCCAGAGAACAUCUACUUGACAACGGGAGCAAGCGACGGCAUUGCUACCAUUCUCAAGAUCCUUGUCUCUGGAGGAGGGAGAUCCCGAACCGGAGUGAUGAUCCCAAUUCCUCAGUAUCCUUUAUAUUCAGCUGCCAUUUCUGAAUUGGACGCCAUUCAGGUGAACUAUUACCUGGACGAAGAGAACUGCUGGGCCCUAAAUGUGAAUGAAUUACGCCGUUCCUUAUAUGAAGCCAAAGCAUACUGUAAUCCUAAGGUUCUUUGCAUCAUUAAUCCUGGAAAUCCCACAGGUCAAGUUCAAAACAGAAAAUGUAUUGAAGAGGUGAUACACUUUGCCUGGGAAGAGAAGCUGUUUCUUCUGGCUGAUGAGGUUUAUCAAGACAACGUCUACUCAGAGAACUGCCAGUUCCACUCCUUCAAGAAGAUCCUUUACGAGAUGGGACCGGAUUAUUGGAAUAAUGUUGAACUUGCUUCUUUUCAUUCCACUUCCAAGGGCUACAUGGGCGAGUGUGGCUAUCGAGGAGGCUACAUGGAGGUGAUUAACCUGCAUCCAGAAAUUAAAGGGCAGCUGGUUAAGAUCCUCUCUGUUCGUCUGUGUCCGCCUGUCUCAGGUCAAGCAGCCAUGGAUAUUGUCGUGAACCCCCCUGUUCCCGGAGAGGAAUCAUAUGCACAGUUCAUUAAGGAAAAGGAAUCUGUCUUGAACAACCUUGCAAUGAAAGCCAAACUAACAGAAGACUUGUUCAAUCAAAUGCCAGGGAUCCACUGUAAUCCGCUUCAAGGAGCCAUGUACGCUUUCCCACGAAUUUUUAUCCCUGCCAAGGCCAUUGAAAUGGCAAAGGCCCAUCAAAUGGCUCCUGACAUGUUCUACUGUAUGAAACUUUUGGAAGAAACCGGAAUCUGUGUUGUUCCUGGAAGUGGGUUUGGCCAAAGAGAAGGAACUUACCACUUCAGGAUGACUAUUCUCCCACCAGUAGAGAAACUAAAGAUCUUAUUGGAGAAAGUGAAAAAUUUCCAUAUAAAGUUUCUGGAGGAGUACUCUUAAACAAAAUAAAGACUCUCUUUUUUUCCAGGGUCCUGAAAGUGAAUCCAAGCUGUGACAAAAGAAAAAAAUAUAUGCAUAUUGGAGGGAGCAGUCUUCUUUAAUCAAAUUCACAAUAGAAUUACAAUUACCCAAGCCCAGCUGUACUCGCUUCAGUUUGAUAGAAGGGCCUGGUAUAACAGGCCUACUAAAUAAGAUAAGGGAGAUUUGUUAUAAGAAUUAUUAAUGCAAUUAUUGUUUGCGAACUGGGAUGUUGCAAAAAUUGCCUUUAUCCCACAGUAUGAAAGCAAAAUUUGAUUGGGUUGGAAGUUCAGGUGUUAAUAAACAUUCUUCUAUGCUUUUUUUUUUUUUUUUUUAAGAUACCACAAUAUCCCUUCCUACCAAACCAAUUCAGAAAACUGCAUUUGUACCAGUAAGCUAAAGGAGCAGAUGAUUUAUUUGGAGUAUUUCUGGUAAGCCUGUCUGAGUGGGUUGCACCCAGAAAUCUUCUGCAGUAGGAGAAAUAUUAAGAUCUCCUGUUUCAGGAUCAAAGAAGAGGCCCAAGAUUUUGUUCUGACAAUCAGAGAAUGAAUUGAGUGCCUUUUAAAUUCCUGGUGAGGUUGCCUCAACGUGUGAAAUACAGCAUUUAUCUUCUUUGAUAAAGAAGAAUGCUCACUUAAUCUGUUUACAAGCAUGGCCAAAAAAAAUAAAUAAGUAAAAGGAGGGGAAUUAGAGACUUGGGGAAUUAUAACAGUACUUAAAAUCCUGUUUUUGGCCAGCUGUUUCCAAGCUAGAAAUACUGGGUUUCAGCCCCAUUUGGCCAUGAGGAACGUUGAAGUCUUACAGAUUUUUUUGGUGGGUUGCAGAAAUCUGAGUAGGAACUACUUUGGAAAAUAUCAGGUUACUUUAUCCAAACAAAGAAAAGAAGGCCUUUUUGGGGUAUUGGAUUCCAUCUUUGCAUAUAAACACAAGUUUCUGGUAACAGAGGAAUGUUUGCUCCUAAGAGCUCAUUUUCUUGAUCAUUGUCCUUUAUGGAAAGACUUCUGAUCGCUCCUGAAUAAUCAUAAUGGGGCCAGCAUAGACAAGAUUCAGCAAUAAGAAAGGGCCCAAUUUGAUGUGCAGCUGCCUUCCUGAAUAUUCAGAUUCCUUCAGAACUGUGAUUUGAAUUUAAAUGGAUAUUAAACUGAGACUUGGUUGGAACUUUAGUCUGCUUCAAA